AUGGCUACAACCAAGUCUUUUCAGGACUCCGUCAAUAAGAUCAUACUCGACCCCAAAUACCAUGAGCCUCUCACUCUCGUCAAGGCCAUACGCAAUGGUGUUGUCUAUGGAAUCCGGAUUCGCUUCCCACAUGCGCUCGUGCUGGUCUUCCUUUUCGGCUCUGGCACUAUGAGUGAAAAAAUAAGAAAGAUUGCCCGGUUGACUAGGCAACAUGCCCAGUGUCUUGCAAACUUCGCCUUUAUCUACAAGCUCCUCUGCAUGUUGCUAAAGCGUAUUAAUCGCGGCAAGCAAGAGCCUAGACACAGCUUUAUCGCAGGUCUUCUCAGCGGAUACUGGGUUUUCGGCCGCGACAAAGUAGCUUCUUCAAGCGUGGUGCAGCAAAUGGUAAUGUACGCGAUGGGUCGAGUUAUAAUGGGACUGGCUAGGUAUACUGUGCAGAUGCCGGAAGAGAAGACUACUACUAGAACUGGCGGAUAUGGGAAUAAAGACUGGCGGCGACAUCUUCGCCGUGCGGGCUGGCCGGUCACUGCCAGUUUUUGUUGGGCUACUAUCAUGUGGCUGUUCACAUGGCACCCCCAGCUGCUGCAGCCUACCAUGCGAAGCAGCUUGACAUACAUAUACGACAACGCCGAGAAAUGGGACAGCUUCGAAACUUUGCUGCUCAGGAACCAAUAA